AUGGGCGUCUUAAAACAUCGGGCCGUGGAAGCAGCCGAAGCUUCGCAUUCCGCCAAGGCUAACACCUACAACUUCUACGUUGUCUUCUUCAGCGCAUUAGGAUCCUUUACGUAUGGAUACAAUUCAUCCAUUAUCGGUUCCGUCUUUGGCUUGCCCGCCUUCUGGGACUAUUUUGACAUUUCCCUCACCGGACCAAAUGCCCAGGAGGGGAACGAUAUCAUUGGCGCUGCCAAUGGUCUAUUCGCCGGGGGAGGCAUCAUUGGUGCUCUUAUCGUCAACUGGAUCCUGAACAGACUUGGCCGCUGCAGGUCCAUUCAGAUCGUCUGCACCAUCUGCGUCAUCUCAGCCGCAAUUCAAGGCGGAGCUGCUCAUGUUGCCAUGUUUCUCGUUGGACGCUUCUUGAAUGGCGUUGGCGUCGGCAUGAUGCAAGUCACCGUGCCUGCGUAUAUGUCGGAGUUGUCGCCUGCAAAGCAGCGUGGUCGAAUGACAGGCUCGCAUGGCGUGCUCAUCGUCUGCGGCUACGGCUCGGCCGCAUUCACUGGUCUGGGCUGCUACUUCGCAGCGCCACAAGUGCAAUGGCGCCUUUGCCUCAGCCUGCAGAUUGUUGCCCCCCUAAUCCUGCUCAUCGGGUCGCCCUGGUUACCGGAAUCACCUCGUUGGCUCAUCUCAAAGAACAAGGAACGGCGUGCCCUCGAGAUCCUUCAAAAGUUGCAUACCCGACCGGAUGAUCCGUCAGGCCUCGCAGCCAAAGAAGAAUUCUAUCAGAUCUCCAAACAGCUUGAGCUGGAGAAGGCGACUGGUGUCCAUGGUAUCUGGGGCAUGCUCAAGCGUGCUUCGUAUCGAAAGAGAAUCUAUUCGGGCCUGCUAGUCCAAUGUGCGGCUCAAUCAACUGGCGUUCUGGUUAUAAAUAAUUACCAAGUCCUCUUGUACAACAACCUCGGCCUGUACGGCUGGCUACCUCUCCUACUCUACGCCAUCUACACCUCGUGGGCUGCGUUCAUGAAUUGGGUCAAUGCCAUGCUACUCGAUCGCCUUGGGCGGAUCCCGAUCAUCACCUUCGGCCUGAUGGGCUGCAUCUGCAUGAUGAUCAUCGAGACCGCCAUGGUGGCUACAUACGCGGGAACUUCCAACAAGGCCGGCAAUGCGGUGGGCGUCUUGUUCCUGUUUCUUUUUGUGACCUUCUAUGGCGGUAGUCAAGACGCCAGCAGCUACGUGUACUGCAGCGAGAUCUUCCCGACUGGUGUACGGGCCCAUGGACUGGGCACCUCGAUUGCAGGUCUUUUCGCGUCGACGCUGCUCUACACAGAGGUCGCACCAACUGCAUUCGCCAAGAUUGGAUGGAAAUACUACCUGGUCUUUAUCAUCGUUCCGGCAGCCUGUCUGCCAUUCUUGUGGCGCCUUCCAGAGACCAAUGGGCUCUCGCUAGAAGAAAUUGCUGCGAAGUUCGGUGACGAGGUUGCCGUCGAUCUCUCCCAUCUCGACGAGGAGCGUCGGCGUGCGCUUGACGAACGUCUCAUGGCGGUUGGUGUCGAGAUCGCCGGCUCGCCGUCAAGCGAGGGUGAAGGCGGGGGUGAGACCAAGGAGACUAUCAUGGCCAAGGACUGA